UUGAAUUCAAAGCAAUCAAGAUUGAUGUGUGUACAAGAUCUUUUCGGUCGAUUCAACAAAUAUACAUUCUUGCUAGCAUUAUAUCCGUUUCACGCAAACAUGUAUAGAAUUUUAAUUGCCUGUGUACUUGUCAGUCAAGUCCAAAGUCGACCAUUUGGAAUGUUCUUCGUUGGAAGUAGUGUUUCCCCGAUAUUUCCAUGGCUAUCUCAACCACUUCGGGCGGCUGGUAUAUUUCAAACAAUAGGCAUACACAAAAACGCAUACUCUCCAUUCAGCCAAUACCUUAGUUCGGGUAAUACACUGCCUCCCAGAAUUUAUGGAAGAUUAGAGACACACUUUCCUCUCGAUGUUCAACCAUUGUAUGGAUCACCACCAUUCAUACCAUCAAAUGCAUUCAAUUUAAAUGGCCAACGCAACGGGUUUGAACCACCGAAGUACGAAUUAGUACCAUAUGCUGAAAUGCCGGCACCACUUUACCGACCCCAAAUACACGCAACUCCAACAUCAAAUACGUUUAUCACAGCAAAUGGACUAAUAAAUAGAUUUGAAUCAUCCGAUUAUCGUCCAUCCGCACCGAAUUAUAAUGUAACAAGCCAAAGUCCAUUCCAACUACAAACAGCAGACGAAGGUGGACAAUUGCCAGUGGUGCCAUUUGUAACUAGUGUUUUGCCGUUAAAUCCAUACAUAAGCUCGGCAGGCACAACUCAUUUGCCUCCAGUAACGGCCAGUCAAGAAGAUUUAACACAAAAAGUGGACACUACAAUUUUGGAAACAAAUCCAAAUGAACUUAUCACUCAAAAUGAUUCAACACAACUGCCAACAGUGAUAGCGGACGGUACACAGACAAUACAAGAAAAAACUAGCAUAACAAGCGAGGCUACAACAAUUGAAUCUACAUCACCAUUAUCAACAAUAUUGCAGUUGAGUGAGUCAACAUCGGAAACUAUUUCUACAGACACUUCUGAAAGUACUGAUAUCAAUAGCAAAACCACAACGGAUUCAUAUUCAACAGAACCGUCAUCAACAGAAUCAUCCACAGAUGAUGAACUCAAUGCAGUUAAACUAAGUAAAUGAGGUUUUCUUAUAGGUUUUCAUACAAAGCAAAUUAUUAAUGAAGUUUAAAAGAUAAAUAUUUAUUGCAAUUUCAUAAGUAACAAUUGCAUACGUCAGACAAAUAUU